ACAAACGCCCCCUCGUGUUGGCUGACAAGACUCCCCAAGAAAGCGAAGCCAUGGAUAGCCAGGUAACACUCAUAUAGACAUGCACUACACAGCGCUGGUUUCCACCAAACGAAUUCUCCACCACUCGAUCCAGUUGCAACCUCAGUCUUUGUGUACCCCCAGUGCCUUACAAACCAUGACACCAGUAGCAACCUCUUUUAUUGUGUCUCGGGAGCUCAAUGAAUCAGUCGCUAUGAGCUUCGUUGUACCCAAUGUCAAGGGGUCGCCUAGCGCUUGGAGCGACACUAUUACCACCACAAUCUUUGGGGUCGCAGCUCUAAUCACGGCAUCCAUCAGCAUAUGGCAGGCCCAUCGAUACCUACACGGCGUAGCCCAGAUGAAGCAGGCGCAAUCAAAGGAGCUAGAGAAAGCCACCCAAAUGGAUGACAAUUCUUACCGUCAACCCGGCUUGUCUCGCUCCAAAACAAUCGCAUCGACAAUCUCUGGCGAGACGGUCCGAACGACCCUCGACGAGUUUUAUGGACUCGAAGCACAAUCCCCGUCCCGAGGCCCGGUCGAAUACGAAAGCCGAAAGUCUGAGAAAGGGAAAACCCCUGAAUCGCCUAUCGAAGAGCCGAGUAGUGCACGAGUCCGCCUUGGUCCGCUUCUUCAGCCUUUCUUCAAUCACAACGGCUCUCCUAGUGGCCGACCAGACGAUGUCGCCACAGUCUUAGCGAAGUUUUGCGAGCUGUUCUUUCACAUGACGGAGGUGGUCAACCCACCUGCUACCCAAGUCGACUCUCGUGAAGAUUUCAACAAAAUAGCUUUACAAGACGUCUAGUCGAAGUCUUAAUCGCAGCCUUGAACCUGCGAGGAGAUGCGUUCGCAUACAUGGAUAUGGACUGGACUUGGAUUCCGAGGAAGGUGAUCAGUUUCACUAGUUUCGAACAUCGGAAAAG